AUGGCGGACAUCGCCAAACCACCGCUGCGGCAGGUUCUGGCCAGUUUGCACUACGCCUAUCCUACCGGCAUCUUCCUUUACUACAUGGUUACGUCGACCAUCGCCGUCUGCACACUGCAGACAAGAUCCUCGGAACACUGUCAUCCGCGUCGACGCAUUAUCUCGUGGCUACUUGUCUUCAUGAUCCUCACCUACUUCGCCCAACUCCUCACACUGGUGAUUCAGAGCAUCGUCCAGCAAGUGUUCCCCCCGGCUGAGCAGGACGUUAUCAUUGGCCUACUUUCGUGCGCCUUGGUCUUUGGCGUCCUGUUUGCGGGCCUCUCGGAGGCUCCAAAUCCGGUCUGGUAUCCGUAUAUGGGCUCCCUGGGGCUGGCACUCGCUUUCGAACCAGUCGUCACGAUUUUGGCUAUAGCGGUGCGGCCAAAGCAGGCUCUGGCAUACGCCGACUUCUUCAACAUAUCAGCCGUCGCGGCUAGAUACCUCGCUAUUAUACUAGCCUUGGCCUUCUAUUUUGAAGGAAACUGCAGCCCUCCCAGUGAGAAAGGCACUGAUUCGGAGCGGCAAAGUUUGCUCAAGACAAACGGCAGCGGCGAUCACCAAGACUCUGAUUCCGAAGAUCGCUCGGAGCCAGGGCAGCAGAACGGUUACGGAGCGACGUCGGACGCCUCAACCGACGACAGCCAGUCUUCUGACGCAGAUAGCGACGAGAGUCCUUGGGAAAGACGCGAGAGGCAGGCCAGCAAGCAGAUGGAAAGGAGGCUCAAGGAGAACGGUAACUGGGUUACAUAUGCCAAGAGCUUCAUGGUCUUCUUCCCUUAUAUCUGGCCCGUGGGCCGCAGAGCACUUCAAAUCCGCGUUGUGCUUGUGGGGGCUUGUCUGCUUGCCAUGAACGUCAUCAACGUUUUGAUUCCGCGCCAGUUGGGCAUCAUCAUAGACUGUCUCUCUGGCUUCAAUAACAAGAAUCCCUGGAUACAGGUUCUGAUCUUUGCCGGCCUCAAGUUGGUGGCAUCAGAGGCGGGUCUUUCGCUUCUACGCCAAUGGCUUUGGAUCCCCGUUGAGUACUACUCUUUCGACGCCAUAAGCACGGCGGCCUAUUCUCACGUUCUCAACCUGUCAUCCGACUUCCAUGAUUCCAAGAGCUCCUCAGACAUAAUGAUGGCAAUACAAUCCGGGCAAAGCGUCUCCAACAUCCUCGAAUCAAUCUGUUUUCGGGCCGUCCCAAUGCUCAUCGAUAUGGUUGUUGCCUUCUUCUAUCUCUCGUUUGAGCUCGGGCCGUACGAAGGGUUCAUCACGGUUGCAACUGCGUCGGCGUUUCUGUACAUUGCCACACGCAUGAUCUCCAAACUCAAAUCUGCUCGCAAGAACGAAGUCAGUGCCUGGUUCAGAGAACAUUACGUUCGUCAGGCCGGUAUUCAGGGCUGGUCGACGGUGGCUUGCUUCAACCAAAUCGGCCACGAGGAGGGUCGUUAUUCCGUGGCGGUCAAGGAAAGAGUGUCCACGUCUCAAAAAGUCUACUUUGGCUAUGUUGUUGCAUAUGCAUUUCAAUUCCUCGUGCUACUGUCUGGACUUCUCGCCGGCGCCUUCUUGGCCGUAUAUCGCGUUACUCAUGGGCAGGCCACGGCUGGCACGUUUACUAUGCUGCUCACCUACUGGGCCCAGCUGGUUGCUCCUCUUCAUUUCUUCGCUAGCCUGGGCAGGAGCAUCUCGCGAGACCUACUCCAUGCCGAGCAACUUCUGGAGAUUAUGCAAACAAAACCAAGCAUUGUUAGCAAGGAGGGGGCGCCGGAUUUACGGUUUACCGGGGGCGAGGUUCGUUUUGACCAUGUCUGGUUUUCAUAUGACAAAAAGAAGGAUAUUUUGAAAGAUAUCAACUUCACGGCGACGCCAGGCAUGACGGUCGCCUUUGUCGGGGCUACUGGCGCAGGCAAAUCCACCAUUUUGAAGCUUCUGGAUCGCUUCUACGACGUCACCAGAGGCUCAAUCGAGAUUGAUGGCCAGGAUAUUCGGGACGUGGAUCUCCACAGCCUGCGAGCCCAGAUCGGCGUUGUUCCGCAAUCCCCCAUUUUGUUUGACGACACCAUCAUGAAUAAUGUCCGAUACGCAAAGCUCACAGCGACUGAUGAAGAAGUGUACGAGGCCUGCAAAGCUGCGUGUAUACAUGAGCAGAUUCUUGGCUUCUCAGAUGGCUACCAAACCAGAGUCGGAGAACGAGGCAUCAAGCUCUCUGGCGGAGAGCUGCAACGAGUGGCAAUUGCACGGGCAAUUCUGAAGAGACCAUCGAUUGUUCUGCUUGACGAGGCAACCAGCGCCGUUGACACUGAGACUGAGCAGAAAAUACAGGAAGCUCUGCGUACGCUCUGCGAGAAUCGCACCACAUUUAUUGUAGCUCACCGCUUAUCUACCAUCAUGAACGCGGACCGCAUCAUCGUCGUCACCGGAGGCGAGGUUGUUGAGCAAGGGAGCCAUGAGGAACUGAUCCGAGCCAACGGCAAGUAUGCGGAGCUCUGGUCCCAGCAGAUAUUCGUCAAGCCAAAGGACAAGGAACCACUAGAUGAUAAAGGGGUCAUCAAGGGGCGAAAAGCCCCCAACAUCGUCAACGACUUAAGCCCCGAAACGACCAAUUCCGAGCUCGCAAAGGUCAACCCGACGUCUAAUGCCGAUCGAACUGCAAACCCAACGAAAGAUGACGAACCAUCCGAUGAGAAGCUAGACUCUACUGGCCGCAAGAAAGAGGUAUGA